AUGGGAAGUGGUGAAUCAACAAAGAGAUUGUCCGUUAAGAGAUCAGAGGAGGAUGAAAGUGCGGGAAUUAUAAGGGUAGGUUCUACAAAGGAAUCAUAUGGAAUUCACACUAAGCCCUAAGCAAUAUCUUCGAUUUCUGGAAGGUGAAAUGAUAUCAAGCUAUGUUGAGUGAUAAUUUUACUUUUGGCGAACAUAAAGCAGUUGAUUCAAAAUUUUUUAGGUGUCAGAGAGAGUAGUAAGACGCUUGAGAGGCCUAGAGGAUUUACCCCUGAAAGGUGAUGAAAAGGAGAUUAGUCAAGGUAAAUCACUGAUAAGCUUAGACAACUUUUUCACUCCCAGAGCCACUUCUGAAAGCAAGACAUGGAGUUUUACCUUAAAAGCUGGUUUCAUGACUAGGAAAAAAUUCUGGUUAUGCCAACCUGUGGAAAUCUAAAAUUUGGAGACUCUCUCUUUUGCAUCAUCCCCCCCCCAAAAAAAGAACAACCAACCCCCCUGACCCCGAUCCCCCCCACCCCACAAUUCGAUCCAGUCCCCAAUUUGUCACAUGCGAAUGGUUUAGGACAUUAUAUGAAGUCUUACAUGAGGUACAGACCAUCACAAUUUGGUUUUAUGAUUGUAAUGGCAAAAUAAUUUCUGACAGUGAUGAAUUACCAUAAAAUUCCGAAAAUAAGCCGCGGAGCUUAUACUUUUCAAAGCCUAUUUCGUGGGGCUUAUGUACGGAGGGAAAUUUGUGUUUCAAAAUAGUUUGGGCUAGCUUAUUGUUGGAAGGAAAUGUACCGUUUUUGCUUUGUCUUACUUUGUAUUUGAGGGCAAAUUCCAUGUCUAAGGCCGCAGGGGGUUAUAUUUGGAGGGGCAAUUUAAUGGAGGGUUUUUUGCAUUACAAGGUUGGGGGGGGGGGUGCUUACAUUUGGAGGGGCUUAUUUUCGGAAUUUUACAGUAUGUGCAAAAAUGCCCCAGAAACUGAACUAUGAAUCAAAGAAAAUUCAAAUUUUGGGGAAAAUGAAGUAAGUUCCAAAUUAAGUCACAGAAAAGCUCAUAUUAAAACUCGAUGUUAUUUGGGAGAUUUGGUGACCUGUGCAGGAGACCAGGAGAUUGGUGUCAUAUCCAGGAGACUCCCGAAUAAUCCGGGAGAGUUGGCAUGUAUGCUACAUGUAAUCAAAGUCAGCAGUCACCCUGGUUCCCAGGAUCUCUCUUGAGUGAGAGGCCAUGGGAGCAAGGUUAGUCAGCAGUGACCUACUCUUUCAAAAACAACUGUUCAAUUAGUACAAACUUUGAAUUCUGUUUGGCUUUCCUACAGAGUGACAGAAGAACUCAGGCUGAGCAGGGCCAGUACUAGUGUUAUUUUUGCACAUGUAAAAACCCUUGAAUGCAAUGGUCCAAUCAAAGCAAACUGUAGGAUCAGGAACAUGCAACCUACACUAUAAUUAUCUUUGGGAUGUGGUGAUGAAAUAUGAAGGAAGGAAAAAAUCAGUGAUAAAAUGAGGAAAGGAAACAAUAAUAUUGUCAUUAGUCUCCUUCGCAGCAGCUCAGGCGGGAGUCAUGUCAUGUGGCAAUUUGUGGGACAUGGGUUCCCAGACAACAAUGAACGCACAAAGUCCCCAGAUUUGUGGAUCCAUGCUCCAUGCUCCAUGCUCACCCCGUGACCAUUGGAAAUUUCAAGUGGGGGGGGGGGGAAGAAACUUAGCUUAAAGAUGAGAAUUUUGAAAGGAAAGUUUGAUCCUAAGCCAGAAGUUUCAGUGGUGAGAAGAAGGGAGUUUAAAUCUUUCAUGGAAGAGUACCAAUAUGAAUCUUUUCUGGAAUAACAUGUACGCAGUGCUAGUUGAUGGAUUAAUGACAAAUGCUAUAGUUAUAUUUUUCCCAUAUAUCACACCGUAGAGCUAAUGAUAGUGUUGCUCUAAUCUUUUUAACCGUUAAGAUGAUAUCAACAAUUUGUGGCAUGAAUUACAGCAAGAGAAAGCCCGCUUAAAACAUCAGCAUGAACAUUUUCAGGAGUUUAUGCAGGGUGCAUUUAAUGAGGUAAGGGUUUUCAUAGUUUUGCAACAUGCACUUUAGUGCAGUCUUGUAACUAUAUCAAGAAACUUUCUCGUGUGUUGGGGUCAAAAUUUGGGAUGGGAUACCUUAAAUUCUUAAAGCAAAACCGAAAAAAGCUUUUAAAAGAUCACUAAAAGCAACGCUACUCGAUAUCCUUCAAACUGAAGACUCCUAUAUUGAUGUAGAUACGAUUAUUGUGAAAAUGAAAAAGUAAUUCUCUUGUCCCUUAUAUUAUUUUCAUUUUAUUUUAUUUUUAAAAUUCACUCCAAUGUUUUCCUUGUAUUUAAGUAGAAUAGUAUGUAUUUACUGUAAAAUAUAUAUACUUAUAUAACGUCUAAUUUCUUUUUAUUUAUCCAGUCUGUAGUACAUUAUCGAGCCUGGCCUGCCUUGAAUAGUCUUGCUAACUGCAGGCCAGUCCCAAUGUAUUUUUGUAUUAUAUUUCCACAUUUAAAUAAAGUUGAAAGUUGAAACUAAAAUUUUUUUGAAAGUCGCAUUUCUUUCAAAAUCAUAUGCCUUCAGGCCAUGUUUAAUAAGAGCUGAGUGUGCAUUUUGUAGAAUGCACUAAUUUUCAACUUGUUUACUAGUCAGAGCUUUUCAAAAAGAAAGUUGUUACUGUUUGUAGGGAAGGCAGACUGAAGCCAUGAGGUGGCAGGAAAACAGGGCGAAACUAGGAGAUAAAGAUGCCCAAGAAACAGAAAAUCACUGGAGACAAUCCUCGGAAAAGAAAGAUGCUGAAUCAUACGCCAGAGAAAAUAAACUUCUGGAAGAAAUAAGUCUACUGAAGGAAAAGGUAAGUGCAUUUAUAGCAUAGAGUUCUUGUUAUGAAUAAAAAAAUGAUGCUGGCAUCUUAACUCUUAAAUUCCCUGUCAAAUUAAAAAUUCUCCUGUCUUGUCCCAUAUAUUUCUAAUCAAAGUAUUGGGGAAAAAUCAGCUGUUACUGCUACUGAAGAUGUGAAAAACUAGGUUUAACUAUGUUUUUUGAUCUGGUUGUCUUAGGUUGCAGACAAGGAAGAAAUCACAAUUGAAAAAUUUAAUCAAGCUGUGGAAGAAACAAAGAAAAAGUUCAGGUAGCUAUCAUUAGAAGUACUUGUAAUAAAUUGAGACAUUUGAUCCACACUUACACUUCCUCCUCAUUACAAUAAUAUUUUCUUCCUUGCUCUCAUCUUGUAUUGUGAGAAUGACACACCAGCUUGCCAAAAAAAAGUAAAGAUCUAGGUUUUGACAAUCAGCUAUCGGAGUUGAUAAGCUGUUUAGGAAGCCAGCUAGGAGGCUGUUUAAGGGUUUCCUUUCCAGUUGUUCUUUAAGUUGCAGUUUUUUACUUGCUUGCUCACUCAAUUUGCUCACAUACAUCGUGUACAAAACUUGAGGGACUAAUAAUAGUACUCUAAUGGUCAGUACAAAAAAUGGCCGGAUGUUUUACACACAUACUCUUUUUGUAGCCAACCAACAAAGGUUGCAGCUUGUCAGCACCUGAAGAAUGAAGUCUUAAACUGCUACAAACAGAACCCAACACAGGCUCUCAAGUGCUCACGACAAGUCAGGGAUUUCUUAAAGUGUGUGGAGUUGUCUCAAAUGGUGAGUUUGCAUUCUUGCUGCCAUAAGAUAGCUACUUCCAGUUUUAGGUACAGUGGAAGCUCUUGUAGCACGGCAGAUCAGCUGUCAUCAAGAAGUGAUCUCUUUCAAACUAAUUUUUAACUGUUUGAGCUGAAACUUUGCACAAUGUUACAAUUUUUGUAGAAAAUUGUAUUCCCAGCCAGGGGCGUAGCUAGGGGGGCCUGGGGUGCCUGUGACUCCUCCUUGGUAGGCCUUCUUUUGAGCAAACAACCUACAAUAUUCAGAUGGCAAAAACGCCAUGACAAUAUCUUGGGCAUAAAAGCCGUUUGUUGAAAAGCCCACUUUUUUUUUAAAUUUGUUUUUUUGUAAAGUAUUUUUGUCAACGGCUCUUGUCCUUAGUUAAUAUGGGCCUUCAUGCUACGAUAAUACGACUGAGCCCGCUGAUAUACGAGGGAGAGCAGCGGUGAGUAGCCUCUGACAGUGACCCCCCCUUUGAAAAAUCCUGGCUACCCCCUGGCCCAACAAUCAUUUUUUUUGGAUUUUUGAUUUUAACGGUUUUUUUGGUGCAAAAUGAUGUCAAAAGACUGACAGUAUUAAGACAUAACUUCCAACUUAUGCCAUCACAGGUUAGCAAUUUCAAAAGAGUACUCAGAGAAGAACUUAAAUGUGAAAAAAGGUUUUCAAAACCUCAUUUGGUUGCGAAGAUAUGUCAUUCAGAAUAUCACGAAAUUUCUAAAAAUAGUAACAAAAUGGCAGAAAAUAGAAAUUUCACAGCUCAAGAACUUUUCAACCAAUUAAGCUUUACAAAAUUAAUAAUUUUUUCACAUUUGGGCUCAUCUCUGUGAGAUCUUUUAAAAGUUCUAGUUUGUUAUGCCAUAAGUCGAAAACUUAUGACAUCAUUUUCCCACCAAAAACGAUUAAAAUCAAAAAUCCAAAAACAAACGAUUGUUGGAAAUGCAAAGUUCUAUUAUCGUGCAAAGUUUCAGCUCAAACAGUUAAAAAUUGAAAAACUAGUUUGAAAGAGAUCACUUUUUGAUGACAGCUGACCCGGGGUGUAAAGCAGACUCCCUCGGGAGGCAAAAAAGGGUCAGUUUCUGGAGAUGACUGCUUACAAGAAUGGUUUUCAUAAGUGGCCACUAGAAAUUUAAAGGUUAAGGGUCUGCUUACAGGAGCUUGCCCAGCAACAAAUAAACAUUGGAAAUGCAAAAAUCUGUUUGUAAGUGUUUGGCUAUUCCGUUGUUCUGACAAUAUUGUAUUAAUUCAGUCCGCACAGGUAUAAAAUUCAAGAGGUGUUAUGAAGUGUAUUAAACCGGAAGUGUAUGUAAAAAGAAAACAGUGAAACUGAUAUAAAUUCAUUGUGAUGAUCAGUGGUACGAAGUUGAUUAAUUAAAAAUAAUUCAAAUUUCAGAGGCAAAUGAGAUUUCAUUUGAGGUAUCUGCUUACAGGAGCAUAAAAGCAAAGCGUUAAUCUUACCCGUAAACCCUGAAAGUGUCCAUGACUGCCUAAAGGAAUGUCUGCUAACAAGAAUGCAAAAAUACAGAGUGUGAAUGGAAGUUGAAAUGGGUUUUGUGAAGGCGGCCAUACAGCUGUCUGCUUACAAGAGUAAAAAGAGAGAAACUAUAUUAAAUUCAGUUCAUGUCAGGUCCGUAUUGGAAAAUGGCCCUAGAGUAUUGCUAAUUGAUUUUAUGUUUAAUAUUAUUCAGUUCAUGUCAGGUCGUGGGAAAAUGGCAUAGAGUAUUGUACAGUUUAAGUAUCCUGAGACAAAUCUUGUCUCUUGGAUCUUGUCUCUGUCUUACCAGACUCACGUUACCAACUACGCCGUGACAAUAAUGGUAUAUUAUUAGAAAGACCUCGGCUAAGAACGAAGAAGACUUUGGGAGAUCGCGCGUUAUCGAUGGCUGCCCCCUUUUUGUGGAACAGUCUUCCUCUGCCAAUAAGACAGGAAACAUCAAUCGACUUUUUGAAACGCUCUGUUAAAACAUAUUUAUUUAAAAUGGCUUUUGGUUAGAUUAUUUAUUUAUUUAUUUUUAAAUAUUGUAAUUUUACCGGGUAAUUUUACUGGUUUUUAAUUUAGUUAUUAAUAAUAUUGUAAUGCGCUUUUGAGUAUUUUUAUAGAAAAAGCGCAAUAUAAGUAUUAAAUAUUAUUAUUGUUAUUAAAUAAAGUGUUCUGUUAUGCAUGUAGGGAGGUGUCCAUGUUAUGAAAAAAAAAAUAUAGGGGAACUCUGUUGAGAGAAGAUUAGUUGUUUUUUGUAGACUGAACUCUCUAUUUUAAUAGUGUGCCACACCACCUUCGCAGUAAAUUUACCAGGAAGUGUUUCCAAGCACUCUCUUACUGUGUAGUUUGAAUCGGUCAUGAUACAGGUGAUAGAAUUGAGGACAAGUGCUCUGUGACCAGUCAAAGAGCUUGCACUAGUCAAUCGAUUUUUAUACUUCAUAAAUAGUAUUUUUCUUCUCCCACAGGCCCCUGAAGAUGCAAAACCGUAGAAGUAUAAGCUAAAAGCUCGCUGGAAAAUGGAUUUGAAGGGAAGAGAGUACACAAGAAAAACGCGAACAACAGAUAAGAAAAUCAUCGAUGAUCUCUUUAUGUGCAAGGGCAAGAACAAGCGGCUAUUUUUUCUGCCUCCCCUUGCCAAGAUGAGCACAAUUGUGAUAGCAACUUUCCAAUGAGUAAACCUUUCUUUUAUUUUUUGGUGGAGAAAUACAAUACAAUGGGAAUCGUUUCAAGUCUUGUGUAUUUAGGUUUUGAAAUAAAUGACGAC